AUGAGUGUUGAGCAUGAAGGGACCGAAGAGAUAAUUAAUAAAAUAUCAGGCAUUAAACUAGAGCUGUCAACAUUGCGUGUCUAUCUCUUUCUCUCCCGUACAGUUCUCAAGAUGAGUACUAAAAUCAUCAAAGCCAGCGCCGCUGAGCCCGACUCCUUCGAGACCUCGAUCUCGCAGGCGUUGGUUGAGUUGGAGACCAACUCUGACUUGAAGGCGCAGCUCAGGGAGCUUUACAUUACCAAGGCUAAGGAAAUCGAACUUCACAACAAGAAGUCUAUCAUCAUCUAUGUGCCCAUGCCCAAGCUGAAGGCAUUCCAGAAGAUCCAAAUCAGGCUGGUCCGUGAGCUUGAGAAGAAAUUCAGUGGCAAACAUGUAGUAUUUGUUGGAGACCGCAAGAUUCUCCCCAAACCCAGCCACAAGACACGUGUAGCCAACAAACAGAAGAGGCCCAGAUCUAGGACAUUGACGUCAGUAUACGACGCCAUCCUUGAGGACUUGGUGUUCCCUGCUGAAAUUGUAGGCAAGCGUAUUAGGAUCAAGCUGGAUGGCUCACAGAUCAUCAAGGUGCACUUAGACAAGAACCAGCAAACCACUAUUGAACACAAGGUGGACACCUUCCAGUCGGUGUACAAGAAGCUUACGGGGCGCGAAGUCACUUUUGAGUUCCCCGAACCCUACUUGUAA